GCGUUACCAGCACGCGGCCGCUGCCAGAGGAGGCGGUGCCGGCCAUUGCGAACCCGCCGCUCUUCCCCAUGGGCAGCCGCGCGGCGGACGGUGCGGGGCCCGAUCGGCCGCCAGAGGAUGGCACGCCAGAAGCACCAGGUGAGGAAUCGAGUAGGCUUACCAGGCAGCAGCUAUUUACCAUGCUUGCAGCAGCUUCCAUAAACUUCAGCUCAAUGAUAUGCUAUUCCAUCCUGGGCCCCUUUUUCCCUGGAGAGGCAGAAAAAAAAGGUGCCAAUAACACAGUUGUUGGCCUGAUUUUUGGAUGUUUUGCUUUGGUCAAUUUCUUGACUUCUUUAAUCUUGGGAAAUUAUCUUACAAAGAUUGGAGCAAAAUUCAUGUUUGUGGCAGGGAUGUUUGUUUCUGGAUGGGUAACAAUUCUAUUUGGAAUGUUGGACAAGGUUCCAAGUGGACCAAUGUUCAUUGGUUUGUGCUUUUUAGUAAGAGCAAUGGAUGCAAUAAGUUUUGCAGCAGCAAUGACAGCAUCAUUUUCAAUCCUUGCAAAGGCAUUUCCCAAUAAUAUAGCUACUGUCCUGGGCAGCCUUGAAAUUUUUACAGGGCUUGGACUGGUGCUGGGCCCACCUUUAGGUGGCUUUUUGUACCAAUCCUUUGGUUAUGAGAUCCCUUUUGUUACACUGGGAUGUGUGGUAUUGCUCCUAGUGCCUAUGAAUAUGUGCUUACUACCAAAUUAUGAUUCGAUCCCCACCAAGGAGUCAUUUUGGAAGCUCGCUCUUCUACCAAAAGUCUUAUUUCUCUGUUUUACUAUAUUUUCUCUAAGUGCAUGCUUGGGCUUCUUGGAUCCCACAAUGUCUCUAUUUAUCUUAAAGAAGUUCAAACUCCCAGCUGGAUAUGUGGGCUUAGUGUUCCUGGGUUUGGCACUCUCAUACUCCUUGUCUUCUCCCCUCCUUGGACUCCUAAGUGACAAAAUGCCACACCUCAGGAAAUGGCUGCUGGUGUCAGGAGGCCUAGUAACAGCCAUGUGCUUUUUCUUGUUAGGACCUGCUCCUGUACUGCACAUUGAAAGUCAGUUGUGGAUGUUUGUCCUAGUGCUGGUUUUCCUUGGCUUUUCCCUUGGAAUGAGUGCUAUCCCAGUAUUUCCAGAGAUACUGCAGUGUGCAUAUGAAAAUGGAUUUGAAGAAGGCUUGAGUCUACUGGGGCUGGUGUCUGGGCUCUUUAAUGCUGUGUGGUCCCUUGGGGCAUUUGUAGGUCCCACUUUAGGAGGAUUUCUAAAUGAAAAGCUGGGUUUUGAAUGGGCGUCAGCCAUCCAAGGAGGAUGGGCAGUGUUAAGUGGACUUGCAAUUGGAAUAUUUUAUAUUGCUGAGGCCACAAGGAAAAGCUCCAGUUCCAGCCUGCAAAACCCUUCUAGUGAUAAUGAAGAAAGAACUCAUCUACUGGGUAGUGAAACAUAGCCAGAAAUGAGUUUGAUUCUCUGUUUGUUAUUGUAGUUUAACUUAGUGUUGAAGUGAGCGGGCUUAACAGUGUUUUGUUGUUGUGGUCUUGGGAUACAUGAUCUCCCUAAUGAAUGACCAGUUGUGGUUUAGUUGGAGCUGCAUCACUGUUUUGAAACACUAAACACUGACUGCCUUUCUUUUGGAAGUCCUCACAUGGAUUGGCUGCACUGAUAAGUAACCUUCAAAUGUCAGCCUGUUUAAUUGUAUUCUGUAUACAGUGUACCACUGUAUGUGAAGAGGUGCAUUUUUAAAUGUCUGGCUACUGUACUUGAGCCUGCUGUGCAUUACUCUCAGAUAAAGCUACUAUUUUGCUACUAUGAUUUUUCUCUAUUCUUUUUUUAGAAGAAAGACUAUCUUGUAAUACCUUAACUGACACUGUAAAAUUUUGAAACAGAAUUUUGAAGUGGCAAAGCAUUUAAGCAUAAUGCUGUUUUCAAUAAAACAACUUCUUUUUUUCCUAAGUUCUGUGAAUUUUCUUGAACAGGAAAAGUCUUUGUGUCUGCUAGCAUUUAUAAUAUACAAAAGUGCCUGAAAAUGAGAAGUAAACAUCUCCAUGCAGAAUUGAUUUCCAGUCUUGGAGGAGAUGGGGUACUCCAAGUGUGUGUGUGUGUGUGUGUGUACACAUACAUUCCUCUAACAUGUGGAAGCCUAGGUUAGUCUGUGAGAUAACUGUUUUGCUAGUAAAUGCCAGCUGCAGUGUUUGUCCCAGUUGCCUGUGCAAUAAGUGUGUCUAUCAGAAGUCUAGGGUCAACAGAGAGGAAAAAAAUCUCCUUCUAGAUACUAAGCACAAAAGGUGAUGUGAACUGAGAUAUGGACAUGCCCAGCAAACUGACUCUAGAUUUUUAGAAUUCAGUUGUGGCAUGAGUCUUAGUUUGUCCUUGAACCCAGAACUAGGCCCUGGAAGAGGUACUCUGUGCUAUCCAUUUGUCUCAUAGAUAAGGAAAAUGGUUUACCCCUAGGUUUGCAAUCAACUUUUUUGUAGUGAGUAGCCAGUGGAAUUUACAUGAAAAAUUUUCUGCCAGAGCUCUUUUUUGGGUACUAAUGAGAAAAACUGCUGUGAGAGAGCUGAAUAGGGUGCCAAAAAGCAGAAAAGCAAUGGCUUUCUGUUUGUGUCUGGUAUUAGAUCUUUCUGAAAUCUAGAGUGUACCACUCAGCCUGUUUUAAAAUGCCAGUCCUGCCCUUACUGUGGGUGAGGCAGGUGAGAGGGAACUGAGAAAACUAGAGAUAAAUGCAAAGGGUACAAGGUACAAAUCCAUAGAAAUGAGAUUUCAUUCACUCUGAGAAAUCACCCACUUUCCUACCUGAUUUGUGCUGCUAGGAGUUGAAGUGGUAAGGAUUUACAAGAACACAAAUGUCACUGAAAAUAAUGAGCUGUCCUGCAGCCCACGAGCUUCUCCAGUUGUCCAGUAGAAACAGUAGAAAAUUAACAGGUCUGGCACUACAUCUUCUCUCUCCCUUCUUUCAUGUUUGCAGUAGAAGUUAAAAAAACAAACAAAUAAAAAAACCCACAACCUAAAUUGAGGUCCUGGUUUCCAGAUCUGUUCUUCAGAUUAACUCUCAAACCUCCUGCUGUGAUUAUCUAGGAGUCCAGGAACUAUGGUUGAAGAGCAGUGGAAUCUCCUAUGGAAAACUGAGUGCUCCCAUGUCUGGUGCUGUUAUUCUGUCAUCCAAUGGCAGGUCUAAAUACCCAGUUUGCUUUAUUAGUGUAGUCGUACAGUCUAAAAUUGUGAAUAAAUACAAUGCAUAAGUAAACUCAUUUGGAGCAGUGCUGAGCUGGUGGUGGCACCAUUCGCAUCCAAACAGCAGUGCUGACCUCAGGGCCAGUUCCCUGCCCACACCCUACUAGAUCUGCGUGUGCUUUUUUUUUUUUUUCCCUCAGGUUUCCCAAACUGGCUUUCUUCUGCUGUGACCUGGGCUUACAUUAACCUACCUUCCCACAGCAAUGAUGUGUUUGAAUAGUUCGCUAAUCUGGCCAGCAGUGUUUCUUCAAUUGCUGCACAGCAGUGACUUCUGUAUCAGUAGCGUAAUGCAGAUUGCUCAAUGCUCGCAACUCUCUGACCUUUCGUUUUGGGAGGUUUUUGACACAUGGGGAUUGUGUUGCAUGGUGUCGACUUCCUAGCACUUCAAGGAACUCACAGGUUUCUGCAAGACCUUCCUUAUUAAAGUUCCCUGUCUUUGCUUGCCCCUGUCCUCCUCUUGGGUGACUUCAGGUUUCAGGUAUGGGGCUUUUGAGGUCUCAUAGCUUUGCUGUGGUUUUGGUGCUGUCUGCUCCUGAUGCCUGGGCCUCAGACAGCAAUGUCACAGCUGCCUACAAGCAGUGUGCACUUGUCAGAGGACAGAGAAAUGUCUGCUUCUCCUGAGGAGGCCUUGUUGUUGAUGGCAGAAAUAUGGAUAUUUUGGAAGCGGCUGUCAAUGAAGCAGCAGGUAGGUAUUAUGACUUAAUUAGAGCCAUUCAUUUUGGUAAAUGCUUGUCAACUACGGAGAGGGGGGGAGAUGUUGUCUUUUGUUUUUCUGUGUCAAUACUAGGAUGCCUGUAUUGUUGUGACUCCUGAAGAUGGUAUUUGUGGCUGGGUCUUCAUGGGGAGAACAGUAUAUGCUUAUCUUGAGAAUAUUCCAGACCCCCAGGUGGACUGCAUUCCAUGUACUGAUUCUGAAAGGUAUAAUCUUUGCUACAGAAGGGGAACAGUACAGUUGAGAAAAACAACUGCAUUGAGGAUUGCUUAUGCAUAUCAUUUAAAAUGUCUUGGGGCAACUGUUAGAGGAAGAGAAUUUAGACUUUGUUAGUUGCCAUAGAUAGCUUCAGACGACUUCCUAGAUUUUUUUUUUUUUCCGUAAAUCUUUUUCACUUUAAUUCUUAGAAAAGUUUAUUUCUUCAUAGAAAAUGUGUGUAUUAGUAUGCUCAUGAAGAUCAAGAUUUAUAUAAAAGAAAUAAUGGCCAUUUAAUGUUAACAUAUUUUACUUCCUUCAAAUUAAAGUGUGGUAUUGUUCUGACCCAGUUCUUUUUGACAUCACUGCAUUAUAAAGGGAAGGAAGCUCAAGUUUUAUUUUUCCUUAAUAAAUUGUACCAUUUUUAGUGGCUUACAAGGAGGCUGCGGGAAGAUCUCUUUGGUCCCUCCAGCAGCCUGAAAGGAGGUUGCAGUGAGAAUGGUGUCUCUCUCCUUUCCUCAGGUAACAAGCGAUGGAACAAGAGGAAACAGUCUCAAGUUGUGCUAGAGGAUGUUUAUGCUGGACAUGAGGAAGUAUUCCUUCAUGGAAAAGGGUGAUCAGGCGUAGGAAUGAACUGCUCAAGUGUUGAAGAGAUGUGUGAUCGGUGCACUGAGUUUAUUGAUGAGACCUGGUAGAUCAGGUUGAUGGUUGGACAUGAUGAUUCUGAAAGGCUUUUCCAGCCCGGUGGCACUAAGAUUCUGUGAAUUUAUGAAAGAUAAUGGAGCACAAUGUAGAAGAAACAAAUUCUGAGCUACAUCAUGAUAGCAGCUGAAUCAAGAGCUGAAGCAGAAUGCUAAGAUCUCCUCAGAUGUCAAGGUCACAUCAUUGUUCUACAGGACAGCAGCAAAAAAGAGAACUAGAAGGUGCAGAGAUUAACUUUCACUAUGAGGAAACUGCUGUGUUCCUCAGUUAUUUGAUUUAAGAUAAAGCCAGAGUUUCAGCAUUCUAAGCUUUGAAACACAAAACCGCUGCCUCCUGUUGAACAAUGGAAAACAAUUGUAUGAAAAGCAACUAAACUAAACUAAACUGAUUAUUUUAGUGGUCUUUAGUUUUAGUUUUGGCAUUUAUACUGUUUUUGAUGUCUUAUUUCCUUCCCUCCAUGCUGAUUUGCCUGACCAGUACAGAAAAGACUGAGCUGUGCUGGCAAGGAAUUAUUCCAUCUACGUGGUUGUGAAUAUGGGGAACCAGAAGCCAUGUAAGUUCAGUGAUCCAAGGUAACCAAGAGUGAUGGUUACUACCAGUACAAUACCAACAUUGUCUUUGAUUCCAAAAGGAAACUGGUGGCUUGUUAUCACAAGGUACAACAAUUCUAUGAAGUUCAGGAACUGGAUGAUACGUGGGUAAUGAAAAAUGUGGAAUAAAGGCUACUUCUCAGGCUUAAGUGUACUUGUACAUAGAGUCGUUAUUUAGCAGACAUCAGCAAGGAAAAGUCACUCCUUUAAGAUACCUUCACUUCUGCUAUUCUUUAAUUAAUAGCAAGUAAUGAAAUGAAAUUUAAUCAAAACUCUUAGGACCAUCUAUUUUUAGUGUUUAUCAGUUGGAAGUAGCAUGAAGCAUUAAAACUUUAACUUCCUGAACUCCUGCUAAGUAGAAAUCUCUUUCACUUCUGUAAAUCAGGAUCACAGAUAUUUGUGCUUAAUUCCUCUUGCAAUGGUUUGAAUUUUCCUUUUCAAAAUUAAGUAACAUGUUCACAAAACAUAUUCUCAAUUACUUGUAUUUAAGUGAAUGAAUGCUAUAAUUAAUAUUAUUGAUUCCAACCAUUUGAUUCCUUUUCUAAAAUACUUUUCUGUCAACAAACAAUACAUCCUUUUUUUGUGACAGAAACAGUUUAAUUGCCCAAAGGAUCCAGAAUUUUUGACUUCCGAUGCAUCCUUUGGAUACUUUGGCGUCUUCACUUGUGCAGACAUACUCUUUUGUAAUCCAGCUAUGGUUUUGGUGAGCACAUUUCAGAUUGUCAACAUUCUAUUUUCAACUGCUUCUGUUAAUAACUCUCCCACUUUUGUUGGUGAUCCAGUUCCACUCAGGUAUGGGAAUGCAUGUCAAUUUUCUCUCAGCAAAUGCACACAACUCUUCUUUGGAUACAAAAGGUACUAUGAUAUUUGUCUUGUUCAGAAGGAAAACAUUUAUGUAUUUGUAACUCUGUUGUCCUGACCUGAAAUACCCAUAACUUUUGGGCAUACAUACAAAUGUAAACAGGAUUAAGACUUCUACAAAUAAAGAGGAAAUCAAAAUGUGAUAUAUAGCAACUCAGAAAUGUUUAAGAUAGCUGGAGUACCUUUGGUGCCUUUUAAAGUGAUAAUUCCUGAGAUUUCAUGUGUGUGAUUGGUUCUUCAUCUUCUGACUCACAGAAGUGGCGCUCAUCAAUGUUUUGUUCGUGUUAAGGCCCAAACUUUUUUUCUCCACUAGGUGGAAGCAUAGUGCUAAGCAAUGCUCCUGAGAGUCUGGUAAACUACAGAAAGUUCUCUUUGCAGGCUCUUCACUGUGCAGUUUUCUUGAAAGGAUGGUAGAAGUAAAGCACAGAUUUAAUGUUUUCAGAAUGAGAGAAACUUACUGGUGCUGCUAAAAAGUAUCCUUAAAAAUUACCCUUGAAAUAAAAGCAAAUACAAGCUGUAUCUAUUCUCAGUAAUUGAUGACUGUAAGCCAGACAACUCAUAUUGUUUAUAGAUAGUUUUACUCUUGGCUUUAAAGAUACAUUUACAUGAAGAGCUUGCAUAGGAAUGUGACUUUUGGUAAUUUAAUUCUUUACAGGUAAUGUUUUUUACUCAAUAACAUUAGUGUUCACUUUAAUCAGAAGCACUCCUUUUUCAAGUGGAUCUAGUGGAUUUCUAGUGGAGCUAAACUUAAGAAGAAACGUACAUCUUCAACUACUUAAAUCCUAUCUUACAGCAUAGUGUACUAAUUUUGUGACUUACAGUACAAGAAACAUCAGAGUUCCUUUUACUUCUCAUUGAUAGCAAAAAAGCUUUAGAUCAGGACUGUAGUCUGUGAAGACCUGAUUUAGUUUCAGAACAGUCCAGUAGACAUGUUUAGCUAGAAAAGUCUGCUGACUUGUGCUUUCUUUCAGAUCAAAAGCUUACUGGU